AUGUCGUUCGAAAGCCAAGGUGCUCCGUCGGACGGGUCCGUGCCGUCUGGCUCCCGCAGACCGCCUUUCUUCUUCCGCGAAGAGUACUCCAACUUGAUCGUCAAGGGUAACUUUAUGACUUUGGCUGCGAAGCCGAAGCUAGUCGAAGAGGGCGAAUGGCUUGCACAUCAAGUUGUCGAGCAGUACAGGCUACUCGAGCAAAUGAUUGAAAUCAUCAAGGUAACAGACGACCGGACAGGCAAGCCUGUCUGCAACCCAGAUACCUGCCCUACCAUGUCUGCUAGUGGCCACACAUACACCUGGCUGGACAACAACAAGAAGCCCAUCAAGAUCCCCGCAAUCCAGUACAUCAACCUCGUUCAAAAGUGGAUCGUGGGCAAGAUCAAUGACCCCAACAUCUUCCCCACAGACACCACAGCCAUCUCUAUCGGAGCAUCAACCUACGCAUCUGGUUCUAUGACACCAACCUCAACGCCACAGCCUCUCGGCCCAACCAGUUCCAAUGCCUCAAUGUCCCAACUCGCCGGGCGCGAGUGGCUCGGCAAGUCGUCUGGCUUCCCUGAGACUUUCGAGGGCGACAUCAAGAGUAUCUACCGCCAGAUGAUGCGAUGCUAUGCACACAUCUACCACGGCCACUGGCUGGACCCGUUCUGGAACGUGAGUGCGUACAAGGAGCUCAACACGUGCUUCAUCCAUUUCAUCAACGUCGGCAAGCUGUUCAACUUGAUCGGCGACAAGGAAAUCGAGCCCAUGCAGCCGCUGGUCGACCUCUGGGCUGAGAAGGGACUGCUUCCGCCAAUCACAGCGGCCAAGGAGGCAGGUGGGCAGCAGGCUGCACCCGCGUCUUGA